UCAUUCGCCAAUUAGCAGCCGGCGCGAGCGCCUCGCGUGUGCGGAAAAAAGUAAAAACACUAUCACGACUGGAAAUUUUUCCCAGCUGGAAAACUGUUCUCUUCGAGAGUGAUCAAUAUUGGGAGUGAUCACCGGUUUUUGUACUUCUCAAGUUAAAGAUGGCCACGCGAGGAGCGAAUGUUAUUUGGUUCCGCCAUGGAUUACGCCUGCACGAUAAUCCCGCUCUGUUGGCUGCCCUUGCUGACAAGGAUCAGGGUAUAGCCUUGAUUCCCAUAUUCAUAUUCGAUGGAGAGAGUGCAGGCACCAAAUGCGUUGGUUACAACCGAAUGCGCUUCCUGUUGGAUUCCUUGCAGGACAUCGAUGAUCAGAUACAGGCAGCGACUGAAGGACGUGGUCGCCUCCACGUCUUCCAGGGUGAACCGGCUCACAUCUUCCGGCGGUUGCAUGAGCAAGUGCGUCUGCACAGGAUAUGUAUAGAACAGGAUUGCGAGCCAAUUUGGAAUGAUCGCGAUGAGACCAUUCGUUCCUUAUGCCGGGAGCUGAACAUCGACUUGGUCGAGAAAGUAUCACACACGUUGUGGGAUCCGCGCACAGUUAUUGACACCAACGGGGGCAUACCACCGCUCACCUAUCAGAUGUUCCUGCACACAGUGCAAAUUAUUGGCUUGCCACCACGUCCGGCCGCCGAUGCUCGGCUAGAUGAUGCCUCCUUCAUAGAGUUGGCCCCCGAGUUACGCCGGAGUCUUGGUUACUUCGAAAAGUUGCCCACACCUGAGCACUUCAACGUAUUUGGCGAUAAUAUGGGCUUUCUGGCCAAGAUUAACUGGCGUGGAGGUGAAACACAGGCCUUGGUUUUGCUAGAGGAGCGCCUUAAGGUGGAGCAACAUGCCUUUGAGCGGGGUUUUUAUCUGCCCAAUCAAGCACUCCCAAAUAUUCUGGAAACACCGAAGUCUAUGAGUGCCCAUCUGCGGUUCGGUUGCCUUUCUGUACGACGCUUCUACUGGAGCGUCCAUGAUCUCUUCAAAAAUGUCCAGCUGCGUGCCUGUGUCCGGGGCGUUCAGAUGACUGGCGGAGCCCACAUCACUGGUCAGCUGAUCUGGCGGGAAUACUUCUAUACAAUGUCGGUGAACAAUCCUAACUACGAUCGAAUGGAGGGCAAUGAGAUCUGCCUGAGCAUCCCUUGGGCUAAGCCAAACGAGGAUCUGCUACAGCGCUGGCGCCUUGGUCAAACGGGAUUCCCUCUCAUAGAUGGCGCCAUGCGACAACUACUGGCCGAAGGAUGGCUGCAUCAUACGCUGCGAAACACGGUGGCCACCUUCCUAACGCGCGGCGGCAUGUGGCAGAGCUGGGAGCAUGGGCUGCAGCACUUCUUAAAGUAUCUGCUGGAUGCAGAUUGGUCGGUCUGCGCCGGCAACUGGAUGUGGGUCUCUAGCUCGGCCUUUGAAAGGCUACUGGACUCAUCCCUUGUCACCUGUCCGGUGGCUUUGGCUAAGCGACUUGACCCGGAAGGGGCUUACAUCAAGCAAUAUGUCCCAGAGUUGAUGAAUGUGCCCAAGGAAUUUGUUCACGAGCCCUGGCGAAUGUCUCCUGAGCAGCAGGAGAAAUAUGAGUGUCUAAUUGGAGUCCACUAUCCAGAGAGGAUGAUCGACCUCUCGUUGGCAGUUAAACGCAACAUGCUGGCCAUGAAGGCGCUUCGGAACUCUCUGAUCACUCCGCCCCCUCAUUGCAGGCCAUCCAACGAGGAGGAAGUGCGUCAGUUCUUCUGGCUGGCAGAUGUGGCGAUAUAAAUGUAACCCAAACAAACUUUUUAUCAAUUUACACAAUAAAGGAACUAUUACCAGUCGUA